CUCCAGCGCGCAAAGCUCAUCCACUCGUAUCGGGGGCGGAGCUGCCAGUCCGGCGGGGGGCAGCGCCGUAAAAACUGCUGCGACAAGACCCGCGUUUACAACUGCGGACGAAUAUCGGGCGAUAUUCCGCGACUUUUAUCCCACGCGCGGGCGCUGCGUGGGCAACUACGCGAUUGCCAGUGAUUUUUGGCAGGAGGCGUCGGAGGCAAGUUGUGCGAAGAGCUGCCACGACGAAGAAUUGUGCUACGGAUACGAGGCGGUGGUCAGCGGGGGGGCAUGGCAGGUGAACAGAGAUGACAAGAAAAUGAACAACGGGGGCAUUGAAGGAGAAGAUGAUAAAAAUGCUGACGAACAGAAAAAUCCACGACGGCCGUUGGAGCAGAAGCAGAUCGUUCUUUGCAGGUUUAUUCAGCACGCGGCAGAGGUGAAAACGACCUGGCUUCACAAAGACAAGAAAGACCAGGAAAUAAAUGCGGAUCGAAGCAACAGCGCGUCCAACUUGUUUUGCGGGGUCAAGAAGAAGUGGUACCAAAAGGAACUGGAGCUCCAGAGGGAAAUCGAGAAGGUGGAAGCGAUGAAGAAAACGGGAUCGACCACAGAAGUAGAUGCUCUUCCCAAGAAGCCGGAGGAGACACAACAGGAGCCGGAGGCACCGCCAGGAGACGCGCAGCAGCCACAGGCACCGCCAGGAGAGGCGCAGCAGCAGCAGCAGCCAGAAUUUCAGCAGCAAGAAACGACCCACCAGGUCCAGGCACCGCCAUCGAUAGCGGCUGGUCCUGACGUUGAAGAAAAAUAUUUUUCUCACGCGAGCACCACGACUUCCAAGAACGAGGACAAGAACUCGGCCCAGCAACAAGAUGGCUCGCAAAGUAACCCUCUGACGCUGACCAACCUCGAGCUCUCUCCCGAGGAGUGCUUGUUUCAUUUUGGCAUCUGGGAGCCGGUGUACACCAUUCCGGUGCACAAGCUGUCGGGGACGAAAGUCUGCACCGAGGACUUUCAGGAGAGACUGGGUGGCGAUAUUGAAGCCUUACCACAAGCGAAAUCCGCCGAGGAGUGCCGGCUGUUUUGUCAAGACCAAGUCGCGCUCUGCGACGCCUGGAGCUACAACACGGCGCCUUAUUUUGGGACGAUGCAGAGGCCGAGCUGCUACGCGAAAUUUUCCGGAAUGAUCGAGGGCGACCCGGCUCCAUUGGAGAACGUGACCGGGGGCACGUGCCGUACGCCGUUGACGACAGAGCUGAAGGGGGCGUGUUGUCGAGGGCAAGCCUUGCAAAAGUUGAAGUGGUCUGGUGCAGCUACGGGGCAGUUGGCGGGCACUUCUGAAAUGAAUGCUGGUCUUCAGGAGCAACAAGUUCCGGGUCCGCCCACCCGUCAGAUUGUCGUCUCGCCGUUGGCGCCGGAACACGACGGGACCACCUCGUCGUUGGUGGCGCACCACCGCGCGUGCGGCGACCGGGGCUGGCAGGUCGGAGAAAAGGAAGACGCCCUCGUGCCGGCGAUUUCUUGGUCGUUUCACGCCAAGGCAAGCACGGAACUGGUCCGUUUAACCAGCUCGUCUACGGUCCGUUUGCCGGACAAGAAGGAAGAACCCUGCUCCAACUCCGCAUCACCGGGCUGA